AUGACGGUAAAUCGUGAUCCAUACGACAGGGUCAUUUCUUCUUACUUUUAUUGUCUGAAGAGCAGGGAUACUCUCUACAACUUAAAUAAAUGGUUUGCCGUUAUUGGACUUGUUGAGGAAUUUGACAUUUCUUUACAGCUCUUUGAGGCAACAUUCGGGCUUCCUUUCAAAAAGUUCUUCACCGGAAAGAAACAGAUGCCCCUGUGGAUGUAUUAUUAG